UGUUUGGCCGGCACUACUGUCAGUUGAUUUUCAUUAGCUGAGAAAUUAACAACGGUAUUGGUUGAGGUGAUAUACCUUCAAUUGUGCAUAUAUACGCAUUAGAAUAUAGAGUCCAAGUGGUGGUAGUGGUGAAUUAUACAAUAUAAUAAAAUAACUCCAAACAGCCCCCUUUGGUGAACUGCACGUUGUUCUUUUUUUCUGAUCAACUAGGCCCUACAUAACAACUUUCCCCAGUUUCGACGAAAGUGAACUAAAGUUACUAAAAUAUGUAUAUUAUGUAAAGUGGAUUAGGAAAAUUUUAAGUGUACAAAAGUGUUUGCAUUAAACAACUGCAUAUUUUCUAAUCUUUUUUUUUAAUUUAUGAUGAAAUUAAAGUAAAUUUGUAUUAUUUCAAUUUGAAUGGUGAAAAGUUAUGAGAAAGCAAUAGAAUAACGGAACAAUACAUAAAUAUACAAAAACAAAUACACGUACAAGUCAAAUAAAUUCGAGAAAUAAACAUUUUAAUUAAAUAACAAAAGGCAGUGCAAUUGCUGCGCAGGCACUGAGGACAGCGGCAGUGUUAGAGUUAAGGACAAGUGCGGUCACUGAGACGAGACAAGGGCAAAUAAAUUUACAUACGUAUUGUAUAUAUAGUACAUAUAAAUAAUUGAAAGAAUUACAUUGCGCGACGGUUACGAGUGCAAUUUUCUGAACGCGAUUCUCAAAGCUUUGCUGCAUUUGAAUUGGAAAUUUUUUCCAACAAACACGUGCUAUUACGUUGCACUGCAUCCCUACAGCUGGACGAUACUAAGGUGUCAGUGAAAAUUUUCCACCGUCUACCGAUUUUAUUCCGUGCAAUUUUAUCCGCGCAUUCGUAAAAUGUUGACCGUGUCCAAAGGCCCCAGCAAGAUUGUGGCCAAAACUCGCAGAGGUGUUCCACAAAAUUAUGAGAAAUUGUUCGAAAUCAAGGAGAGCGGCCGUAGAACCUCUGAUCUAAAUAGUCCGGAAAAGAAGAAUGCACCACGUCCUGUCUUCAAAAAAUCGGCGUCCAAUGGACGACAAGCAGAAGAGGUCCUAUUAACCCCGCAGCACGAGGAGAUCGUACAAUACAUCAAUGACUCUUGGAAUGUCAUAGUGGCGCAUAAUCCCUACGAUACGGCGUUCGAUACCAACGGACAUGCUCAACCUGCGGAUUCCAACAACAAUUCCGUCGGUUCCUCAAUAUCAUCCACUUCAACGUCAUCGGCUGCCUCAUCGGUGUGCACCUCCCCACAACCGACUGCAUCGAUUUACUGCAUCGAACCGCCCAGCCCAGUGUUGAGCGAUUUCAAGCCCUUUGAUUUGGUGACCUGGUGGUACGAUCGUCUAUGCGAUGUGAAGAGCACGUGAAGGGUGACAAACAAACAAAAGUGCGUGUGUGUGAAUGUGUGUGUCUGGACGAACAUAUGAAACGAAAAAAGCAACAACAACAAUAAUCUGCUACCAAAAGGUGGUACAACUUAAAAUUGUAAAAAUCAACUCAAAAUAAUCAUUAACGAAACUAUAGAAAAAACAAAAACAAAUUGGGAAUUUGCUGACACGUGAGUCAGCUGGUUGCCGCCGCAAUGCAGUGUAAUUAACAUACGCGACAUACGUAGAAAAGUAAUUCGUUUUUAAAUUAAGUUUUUAUGUUUACUUUACAAAAAAUAUGCCACUUAAAGUAGUAAAUUAGUUGUUACAGUACUAAAGUUAAAGAAAAAAAAACAAUUUUUUGCUAAUUAAAAAAAUUGUUUUGCUAAUUAAAAUAUAAUUCUUUUUUUCUAACUUUUGUAAUUUGUUUAAAGCUCUAGCAAAAACACUUGUAACUAAGCAAUAGCGAACAUUUUGCGUACCUAAACAUAUACAUACAAAUAUAAAUAUAAAUAAAUAUAUGCAUGAAGUAACUUAAAAUACACAAAAGCAAUGCAAAAAAACACAAAAAAUGUAACUUAAAACCUUUUAUCAAUAAGCGCAGUAAAUAUUUUAUCACACACGCUUUAUGUACAGUGGCGGCCAAAAUAAUAGCAGAGCGGCAUAUUGACAAGCUUUGACUUUUUCCUAGUAUAUAAUUAUUUUAUUUAUAAACAUUUUGUUCACACUACAACAAAAAUCAUAGUACUUAGAGUUCAAAAUUUGUGCAAAAUUAAAAAAAAAAUCAAAAAAUGUUUGUCAAAUCUUAAAAUUGUUUACUGAGAAUUUUUAGAAAUAAUCGGAGCGCGCAGUUUUGUAGUUCUUUCAAUUUUAGUAUAACAAAAUUGCUAAAAAUCCCUAUAAGUUUUGACAGUUUCUUUGUGUUGGCGUUGAUGCGCAUUUUCUUCCAUAAAAAAACUGUGACAGCAUUCGUUAUAUGGAAGGAAAUGCAUUUAUUAUAAAAAAUCAAAAUGGGCUAAAAAGAAAAAAAAGAAUUGCUAUUAUUUUGGCCGCCUUUGCAUAUACAUACAUACAUACUAAAGGUACAUUUACAUAUAUGUAAUGUGGCAAUCGGGCAGGUUCUGUAAUUCACUUCCGACUGAAUGUCAUUGAAAAUUUCUGCCAAUCGCUCUGAAAUUCACUUGGAAGUGAAGAGCAAAAUACAGAGAAAAUUUCAAUGAAAUUCACACGGAAGUGAAGAGCAAUUGCCAAAAAAUUCCAAUGAAAUUCACUCGGACGUGCAUUGCCGGAUCUGUCCGAAUAAUUAUAUUUGAUCUGAGUAAAAAUGUGAGUUAAAUGUGAGACAAACUGAGUGUGAACUUGCCGCAUGAAAAAUUCGAGUUUUUGAGUUUGAAAGUUGAAGCUUUUUGUACUGAAGCUUCAUAGCUAAGAUGAACGAAUUCAAUUUUAAAGUUAGAUAAUGAAAACUUAUAUUAUUUUUAAAUAUCAUAUUAUAAGCAACGAAAGAGCUUUAACGUGUUUAGCAAAACUUAACUUCCAAUGAUUUUUUCUAACCUAAAUAAAUAAAUAUAUUGCUAAAUUAUAAUUCUAUUGAAUAAGAGCAUAAACGAAAAUUAAUUUACAAAAAUAUAUAAAAAUUUUUUUUCUUGUCAUCAAUUGCUGUAUUUUACACUAAAAAUAAAUUAUUUGUAAAA